UGGYUCGGCCCCGGCUCGGCCCCCGCCCCUCGGCACGGCGGGGAUUGUGCCACGCCGGCGGCCUUCUCGGAGCGACAUGGGCCGUGGGCUGACCGUGCUCCUGCUGCCGCUGGCGCUGCUGGCGGCCCCGGCGCGGGCCCAGGGCGGCCCGGCGGCGGCGGAGGAGGUUCAGAUAGAGGUGCUGCACCUCCCCGAGGCCUGCAGCCCGAAGAGCAAGAAGGGCGACCUGCUGAACGCGCACUAUGACGGAUUCUUGGCUAGCGACGGAUCCAAGUUUUACUGCAGUCGGACGCAAAAUGAAGGUCAUCCAAAAUGGUUCGUUCUGGGUGUUGGACAAGUCAUAAAAGGCUUAGAUAUUGCUAUGAUGAAUAUGUGUCCUGGAGAAAAACGGAAAGUGAUAAUUCCUCCAUCAUUAGCAUAUGGACAGCAAGGAUACGCACAGGGCAAGAUUCCACCCAAUGCAACACUGAUCUUUGAGAUUGAACUUUAUGCAGUUAAUAAGGGACCUCGUAGUGUUGAAGCUUUUAACCAAAUAGACAAAGAUGGUGACAAGAAACUCUCUGAACUUGAGAUAAGCCAGUAUUUGAAAGAGGAAUUUGCAAGAGAUGGCAAAAAGCGUCAUCCCUCGGCCCAUGAUGAAAUCUUAGCUGAUAUAUUUAAGAAAAACGACCAUGAUGGAGAUGGCUUCAUAUCAGCAAAGGAGUACAAUGUCUACCAGCAUGAUGAACUCUAAAUACUUUAAAAAAUCUGUGGCUGUUUUCUGGACACUGAAUUCUGAAUAAUAAUACUUUGUCACAGAUUUUUUGGGGUUUUUUUUUUAUAGUUGCAUCUUUUUAUAUCAAAGUGGCUGUAAAAAUAUUAUUUUUAACAUUCAGCUAAUAAAAUGUGUUAGAUGUUUCAAAAUAAAGAAAUCAAAUUGAAAUAGACCAUGAUCUAAUAUUAGUGGUUCCUACAACAUUCCAGUCUACAGUACUGCACAGUAGUGUCUCAUUUGGUCAAAUGCUGAUGAAAAUUAUUAUUAUUUCUGUUCUGUUGAGCACACAAAAGUUACAGUAACCUUUGACAUAGCUGGAACAUAACUUUCAAUCCCCUGUAAAAUAAACAGGGAAGGCAGAAUCCCAGAAAUUUAACUCUCUUAGACCCCUGCAGGCUCCUUGCCUUGCUUCUUGAGGAAAGGCCAUUUGCAGCAAUUAGCUAAAAAAGACCUUAAAAAUAGGUGAACUCUGUCUGUGGAAUGUUAAGAUAAAMAUAUUUUAAAGCAGCUUAAAAUAACUCCUGUGAUAUUAACAUAAGGACUUCAGUGUUGAAGAAAAAGCAGUAUUUUAAGUGAAUUUUUAAACGUUGACUUAGUAAAGUCAAGUUAGUGAGUUUAUUCAGCAGCACCAAGUUAAAAAUCUACACUAUCCUCACUCAAUUUACUGAGGUCGAAGAUGAUGGGAGAUACUAUAUAUAAGCAUAASUAAUUAAUUACUUGGGCAUUAUUCUGGUUUUCCUCACUGGAAAUAAGCAAAGAAGAGCAAUAGUUAAGAGACGGUACUUUUAUCUCAUAAACUGUUCUGCUUGYGCAGAACACAUCAUAACACUUGUGUAACAUACUUCACUCUUCUCACCUGAAGAGCAGUGGCUGUACCUGUCAACAUGUAAUAAUCAGAUAUGCACAGUGAAAGUGGCAGCACAAAUCAAAAAACUUCCAUAUUUGGGUUAUCCUUGAAAUAAUUUAAAAAAGUAUAAAAAGGUUUUUUGCUUUGCCAGUGAAAAACAGUGGUGAGAGGUUUAAUAGUACCCUGCUCCACAGCACGCCCAGUCCCAGCCCUGGACACAGCUCUCUGGUGUUCCAGUCCUCAACACUUAAUUUCCUGAGGCUGGGAUGCACCUGUUAAAGAACUUCAUCCCUCAAGUCUUGUUGGAGUGUGCAGUUCCAUUAUUUUCAUAAGCUUCCAAACCAUUUUCUACUAAGAUUUUUUUUUUUUCUGAGCACAUAAAGGAAAGUCAAGAACAGCUGUGACAUGAAAUCCAACUGCAGCAGRUGGACUGGCUGUUUCUUUUCAAUAAUCUAAACAAACUUGAUAUACGGUGACAGCACCCUAAUAUGAAACUCCCAUCCAUAGUUUCAGUUGUUCCCUUUUUUAACUGAAACAUUAGACUGAGCUAAGUUUUAGUGUGUUUUUUAAUCCGA